UUCAAUUUAAGUCAAGUAUUUGUUUGAAAUAAUUUUCCAUCAUUUUGUGCACUGAUAUGACAAAAAAACGUAAAUUGUCCGGCUCAGCUCCGGUAAAAAUCGAAGUUAAAGAAGAAAAUGUAUUGGGAAACGAUUAUCUUAUGGCAAAAGGCCGGCUUAAAGGUGUCUUGAAACAGCUAACAGAACGGUCUUCAGACGAAGAGAGCGAUUCUUCAGAUGAAAACAGAAGCCGCAGCGAUGGACACCGCAAACGAAAAAACGACAACAUGCCAACCCCGUACCACCACACUUACGUGAUGAAAUUGUUCGACCGUAGCGUGGAUUUGGCCAGGUUCGAAGAAGAUACUCCUUUGUAUCCGAUUUGUAGAGCAUGGAUGCAGAAUCAACCUAGGAACCCACAACCUAUCAUAAAACGCAGAGUUUCAUCCCCUGAACCCGACAGUUCUCCGUGGAACGAAAACUCAAUUUCUGAUGUGGUUAGAUUGCCUCUACCCUCUAGAGCUUUCACAACUAGAAUUCCGUCACCGAUUCCCGAACAAGUUCAGGAUAAAGACAACAUUAAUCUGAACUAUGAAGAAUGUCCCGUGGUGGAAAAAAACGAACUAAUCUGUGGCCACCUGCAAAGGUGGGUUAAAGUAAAGAAGAAGUGGAUCGAAACGGCGGCUAAAAACGAAGAGAGAUACGGGAGAAGUACCCAAAUGCUACAAGCCAUUUACAAUAAGGCGCAGGAAAAUAUGGAGUAAACAGCAGGAAGCGUCUUGAUGGAAGAAACAAUUUAUUAAGGAUUAUUUACAAACUUUUAAAUAAAUAUUCCGUUAUGUAACAUCAGCAUAUACCUAGAUAUAUUGUAAAAUAUAUAAUAAAUAUAAUAUAGGAACUACACAAAUAAAUAACAAUUUCCUACGAUUAGAAAUUAUAUCGAAACGAACCUGUAAGUGAACAAUUUAUAAGUGUUAGGUUCGUUCUCUUCUAUUUUGGCAUGGAUGCGUACUUGGCCCCCAUUCAUGUUUAGUUUAAUAAACGAGAUAUACUUUAUAAUAGACAACCGAAGCAUAUAAAUGGAUAAAACUACGUAAUAUCACGAGUUCCAGCAUAAAAAAGAUAGGGGUACCUAAGGGGUUAACUAUUCUGAUUAGCGUAGUAGUUACAUGUGAUAUAUUAAAAUGAUUUGAUGUUUAGAAAAUGUAUCACCGUUUUGUAGUAAUUUUUUUUACCAGCCUUUUUAGACACGGGUAUUUCGUAGAAUAAAAAAUAGAUUCCGUAGCUCGGGAAACUUAAUUGAAAUUAUUUCAGUAUUAGUUAUUGCCUCGACAGUAACUAAGAGUUAAUGUAUGUAUAAGUACGAAUUUAAAUUAUAAAAAAAAAUGUAUUUGCAGAUCUUGUUUAUAUUAUCGGGCGUUUACUAAAUUUGGAUCAAAAAAUUGCCUGAUAUUUCCAGGGAAAUUUAAAAAAAAAUUGCAGUUUGCAAAAAUAUAAAUAUGCUCUAUAUCAAUUAUCAUCACCAUUUCCUAAUUUUUUUUAUCAAUUUAUUUGAUUUAAAAAUAAAACAUUUUCUAACAACUUUUGUUUAUCCGAAUACCAAGUAAGCGUAAGAUGGAUAUACAAGGAAUAUUUUUAUCUAGGAGAAAUUGACAUUUUAUUUAGUUAAAAUAAAAAAAAAUAAGUUUAUCGAAUGACGUUCAAUUUUUAAGUAAACUAAUAACGUUAAUUCUGUGUAUUAAAAAAAAUCUGCAAACUUUGUUACGGGAAGAACAAAAACGAACAAAGAAAAUCAACCCCUUAAUUUUAUUUUAAACAGGGAUGUUAAUCUACUUUGAAUUUUACGAGGCCCGUUUUUUGUUUUUCCAAAAAUUUUUCGAGCUCUGUGACGCUAUGUCAAAAUUUACAUCGUGAUAGCGUUAUUCAGAAAAUGAAAAUGCAUAUUUUUUCCAAGGGGCCGUCAUUUUGACCCAAAUCAUCCUAUCGGACCACUUUUUUUCCAAAAUGUGCAGAAUUUAAAACUUUCUGAUAAAUGGGUAAAACGAUUUGAGAGAUAAGGUUUUGAAAAUUCAUAUUUUUUUUUCAAGUGGCCCUCAAUUUGACCCAAAUUAUCCUAUCAAAAAGUUAUUUUUCACGAUGUGAGGGGUUUUAUCAACCUUCACCUGUUUCUUUCAGAAUUCAAAUUGCUUUAAAAAUUUCCAAGAUAAAUGAGAAAAACGGAAAAAACAAAAUUAAAAAAAAUUGACUUCCA